AAAUUGUCGACUGAGAAGGAUGAAUUGUUAGAUUCGGUUCGAAUACUUUUAGUUCGUGUUCAUUUCAGUCAUAGUUUUAAUUUGUUAUCGAAUAGACGAAAUAAAUAAUCUCUCUCGACCAUUUCGUUUCGGUACCUUAUAACGAUUUGUGAAAAAAUUUCCGUGUAUAAAACUCAUACGUUUACAUAAUAGUGUCAAUAAAUAUUUUUUAAUUUCUUUGAAUUUUUUGGAAAUAAGUGCUUAAAACUAUGGGUGAGACAGAGGGUGAAACUACGGCAUCUGAUGCCCGACCUUCGGAAGAGAAAGAAUCAACUCCAGCACAAGAAACUCUUCAAGUUCCUUUGCCAAAGAAACGUAAAUUAAAAUCCCCUACACCAGGUAGCUUACGUGGUCGUAGUGCAACUCCAAUACGCGGUAGAAGUCAAACUCCUUUCACCUUGUACAUGACACGUCGUAGUGCUACACCGUCAACAUGGCGCAGCAUAACACCAUUUUUAAAACGCGAAGAAAAAGAAAAAACUCCCUUUGAGUUGGGCAGGGAUAUAAUGAUACAACUAACUUGCAACAAAGCAGUCUUUGACCGUGCUCUUAUUAUGGAUAUAUCAGAGACAGAGGAGAGCCAAAAACCUGUUCGUUACAUAACGUCAGAUAUGUCCGUUAUUGAUCGUGCUGCUGUAAUGGACGUUUCAAAUGUUGAGGUUAUCUAUGUUGUUGAAGAAUAUGAAGAAAUGGAGGAAGAAGAGGAAAUUAUUGAAGAAGUCAAACCAAAGAAAAAAGGUAAGGGUAAAAAGGCACGUACACCUAGAAAGUCGGUGGAUAAAGAUGCAAGUCCUACUGGAUCUGACGUAGAUGGCAAUGGUGAACAAAAUGGUGACAGGGAGGAAAGCAUGGAACCUGAUGAUUCGGACGAACCUGUUAAAAAAGGUAAAAAGAAAGCUGCACCAAAAAAGAAAGAAAAGAAAGAGAAAUCACCAAGUCCAAAGUUGACCUUGAAGCUAGAAAUAGGUGGUGGUCAAAAAGCAAGCAAGAAAAUGUUUGAACAGCAGGAACAACAAAAACCUGUAGCUGGGCCUAAGCCACCCCCAAAAAAGAGUAAACUACUUUUACAAAUGGAAGAACAAGCUAAAGCAGCUGCAAAGAAAGCCGAAGAAGAAGCAGCUACAGCUGCUGCAAAGCCGAAAGGUGAAACUUUUGCCGAACGACAGAAACGUUUGCAAGCCGAAAAAGAAGAACAAGAACGUUUAGAAGCUGAAAUACGCGCACAACAAGAAGCUGAAAUGGAAGAAAUGGAGGCCUCCGGUGCUGAAGAGGAUGAAGGAGAUGAAGGUGAUGGCAGUGAAGAAGGUGAUGAGCAUACAGAAUAUGGUGAACAUGGUGAAGGUUCUGAAGAUGAAUAUAAUGAAAGUCAUGGUGGUGAUGAUGGGGAAGACGAUCGUAGCAGAGGCGAUGAAGAUGGUGAGCGAAGUGAUGAUGUUGCUAGUUUGCGUGCUCAGAAAAAACGUCGUAGUACUUCUUCUGAUGGUUUCACUCGUCCCCGUCCGGAGGACGAAGAACGUUGGAAACGUAUUGCUGAAGAGGAUGGUGAAGAAUUUAUGCAGCAAUUGCGAAAAUAUAGUGUCGCACAACGUAUAUCAGAAAAGGAACGAGAUGCUGACUGGCAACGACGCCGAGAGCAAGCUCGUAAUCCACAUUUCAUUAAUUAUUUAACUGACCGAACAGCUGAAACUGGUCAAAAAGUACGUCUCGCUUGUGCAGUGGGUGGUCCAGAGUUAUCGGUCAAAUGGUUCAAAGAUGGUCGACAGUUGGAACGUGAUGCUAAUCAUCGUAUAAUAAAUAAUAAUGAUAUUUUGGCUCUUGAAAUUGUAAAUACAAAUCCCAUGGAUUCCGGAGAGUAUACAUGUGUCGUAGCAAAUAUGAAUGACGAAGUUACGUCCGCUUGUAUUGUAACAAUCUACGACGUUUACAAAGAUGAACCUAAGCCUCCAUCAUUUAGACUGAUAAGAGAGUAUUAUCAUUUACGAGAUGACGAACUUACAAUCGAAUGCCAUGUCCAUGGUGUGCCACGUCCUAUUAUUACAUGGUGGCGUGGUGCAUUCGAAAUUAAACCAAGUUAUAAAUUCACGCUUUUGGAGGAGGCACAUGGUGUAUGUAAAUUACUUAUUUAUAAACCCUCAAAUAAGGACAGCGGAUCAUAUAUCUGUAAAGCUAUAAAUGCUUCUGGCGAAGCGCAGAUCACUCACUCGGUCGAAGUUGCUAAAAACAGACAUUUCCAUGUGCACGGAAUAUUCCAUGCACGAAAUCAAAUUCAAAAGGAUAAGGAAAAGGCAGCUAAAAAAGCAAUGGAAGAAGCUUUAAAAUCAAAGGAGGAAUCAGAUAAGAAAAGAGCUGAGGCAGAGCCUAAAGCCAAAAGUUAUCGUGCUUCUCCUGAACCAAUGGUUUCACCUAAGCAGAAAUUAAAGUUCGCUACACAAUUACGUGAUCGCAUGGCUCUUGAAGGCACAACAGUAAAAUUUGUAUGCACAGUAAUUGGCCCCGAUCCAAAUUGCCGAUGGAUGAAAGACGACAAAUUUGUUGUUGUUGGAGGAAAUGUGCGAAAUCUAUCUGAAGAGGGUAAAGCUAUAUUAGAACUGCGAAACGUAUCAGCAGAAUCGUCAGGCGUUUAUAAGUGUUUAGCCAAGAAUGAACACAGCGAAGUAGAAACUUCGUGUUAUUUUAAGGUGUACCCUGCCCAAGCCGAUGGCGAUGAACAAGAACCAAUGUUCGCACUACCAUUGCGAGAUGUUUACCAUUCGUCUGAAAAUGAUCUUAUUAUCGAUACAAAGGUGCGCGGCAACCCGCGCCCUCUUAUAUCGUGGAUAAAAGACGAUUUACCAGUUGUUUUAGAUGAUCGCAAAGUGCAAAUCGAUCAUUUGGAUGGUCUAUGCGAAUUGAUCAUUAAUAAGCCAACAUCGAAUGACAGCGGAGUAUACACUUGUGUAGCUGAUAAUAAAUUGGGCAGCCAAAAAAUUACUCACACAGUUGUUGUUGAACCCAUACAAACCUCAAGACGUUCAAGCAUUUUGUCAGGCAUUAUGUCAGAUACAGACUCCGCAGCUGCUGCAAAGGGAGAGAAAAAGUCUAAAGAUGAUAGUGGUAAACCACCCAAAGCAAAGAAGAAGGAUGAAGAGGGUGAAGGUACUUACGAGCGAAAAAGCAAGAUGCCCGAUCCUACACCAAAACAACAAUUGUACUUUAUUGCAAAUCUAUCGAACCGCUAUGUAGCUGAGGGUUCUAAAGUAAAACUACAAGCUGUUAUUGGUGGACCUGAUCCAACAAUUAAGUGGCAAAAAGAUGAUCAAAACGUCACAUAUGGACCACGUAUACGCAAUAUGAAUCGUGACAGCUUGGCUGUACUUGAAUUUUUAAAUGCGUCUGCUGAAGAUUCUGGUACAUAUUCCAUAAUUGCACAAAAUGAAUUUUGCAAGAUAACUACAUCAGCUCUUCUACAUGUAUAUCAACCUAAAGUUAAUUUAGAUGUUCAGCCUUGUUUCGUGCGGCCAUUAAAAGAAACUUACCAUCUAAAUACAAAUGAGUUAAUUAUGGAAACAACUUUACGUGGUCAACCUACUCCAGAAGUUCAAUGGUUUAAGGAUAGUAUGGAAAUUCAAUCUGGUGGAAGAUUCCAAAUAAUAGAACAUCAAGAUGGCACUUGCGAAUUAACUAUUGAUAAUCCAGAUAAUAAAGAUUCUGGAAAAUAUGUUGUUAAGGCAGAAAACCGAGCUGGCAAAAUGGAGAUAUCUCAUUACAUGAUGUUUGAAGGAAAGGCAUCACAUAUUGCUGAAAAUAUACAUGGUAUAUUCCACGCAGAUAAAAGCUUACUCCGUGCAAAGGAAGCUGAAGCGCCUGUGGAAGAAGUCGUUAAAGCGCCAGCUGAAGGAGAAACCGACCAAGAAGGAGAAGGAGAAGAAGGUAAGGGGAAGCGACGUGGCAAGCGUAAAGGAGCCAAGAAGGCUGAUGAUGAAGAGGAGGGUGUAUCAUCAGCUACGGAUUAUGCUUCAGAUACUGGUAGCAUGAAAGAAAGAAAACGAGAAAAGGUUAUUGGUAUACACUUCGCAACCAAUAUAAAAGAUCGAGUGGUUGCGGAAGGUUCGAAGGUAAAAAUCUCAUGCUUCUUAGAAGCUAAAGAACCGAAUGUAAAAUGGUUCAAAAACGGUGAACAAAUUCAGAAUAGCCCUAAAAUAAGAGGACGUUAUAGUGAAGGUUUAUGUUUGUUGGAAAUCAUGAGCGCAACAACUGAAGACAGUGGCCAAUAUAUGUGUACUGGUCGUGAUGAAACUGGUGAAGCCUCAACUAUGUGUAAGCUGGAAGUUUAUAGCAGCCCCGGUAGUGGUGAUGUACCACCUACAUUUACACGUAACAUUAAAGAUACUGCACAUCCAAAAUUAAAUGAACUUAAAUUAGAUGUGCACGUACGCGGUUUGCCAACACCAUCAAUUUCAUGGGUAAAGGAUGGUGUACGAUUGGAAUCUAGUGACAAAUAUCAACUUAUUGAUCAUGAUGAUGGUACAUGUGAAUUAAUUAUUAAUGAACCACUUCAAAGUGACAGUGGUAAAUAUAUAUGCCAAGCUGAUAAUCGUGAAGGCAAAGCAGAAAUUAGUCACAUUGUUAAUGUUGAGCCGCGUAGAAUGCGGCCAAUUUCACCACCAAGAGAAGCCAAACCACCAAUUAAACCUGAAGCAGAAGAAGGUGAAGAGGGCGGUGAGGAAAAGGAAAAGAAAAAGAAAAAAGCAAAAGAUACAGAAGAAGAGACAACUUCUAGACGAGAAGCACCUCCACCACCAGAUCUAAAAAAAUAUCUAUAUUUCAUGAAUUUCUUAUCUAAUCGUACAGUUAAAUCAGGUAGUAACGUUAAGUGGAUGGUUAAUAUUGAUGGUCCUGAUCCAACUGCACGUUGGUUCCAUGGUGAUCAACCUAUUGCUUUCGGACCUAAAAGUAAAAUGGCUUGUCAAGAUGGUAUAGCUUGGUUAAACUUAAUUGGUGUAACCGAAGAAGAAAGCGGUGAAUACACUCUAAAGGUAAAGGGAUCAGAAAAUGAAAUCAUUAGCACUUGCAAUCUUUUCGUCUAUAGCGCUGGCAAGGUAGAAUUAAUUUCACCCACUUUUACAGUAGGCAUUAAAGAUACUUAUUCUCUUAAUGAGAAUGAAUUAGUCUUGGAUUGUCGUGUACGUGGUAAGCCACGUCCGGAAGUACAAUGGAUGAAGGGUAACGAUCUUAUAACGAAUGAUAAUAAAUAUCAGCAAAUCGAUCAGUCCGAUGGUCUAUCAAAACUUAUUAUCACCAAUCCAACUGAAAAGGAUUCGGGCUUGUAUGUUUGUGUUGCACGAAAUGAAGUAGCUGAGAAUAAAAUUACACAUCAAGUCGAUUUUGUGGGCCGUGAACGUUUCACAUUGGAAAAAACACACGGAUACUUCCACCGCGAUCCAAAUAAGCCACAUUUUAUCAUGCCACUUGGUAAUCAAACUGUCUGCCCUGGUGGCACUGUUGCUAUUAGUGCUGAAUUUACUCAAACUAAUACACCCAUUGAUGUGCAAUGGUAUCGCAAUCGUCAAUCAUUGCAUGGUUUGCCAAAUAUAAAAACAAUGAGUGAUCGUGGUGUAUAUACGUUAGCUAUUCUAAAUGCUACACCUGAAGUUGAGGGUACAUAUACCUGCCGUGCCUCAAAUGCUUUCGGACGUAUUGAAUCACAUGCUAGUGUCGACGUUUCCCUUGGUGAAACAAAGGACGAACGGCCACCAUUGUUCCUUUCUAGACCAGAACAAGAAAUGAAAAUUGCGAUUGGCGAUCCGUUCUCACUUUCAUUCAGAAUUGCUGGCGAUCCAAAACCGAAACUCUUUUUCAUGAAGGGCACAAAAGAUAUCACAAAAUCUGAACGUGUUAGCAAAGAGGUUUCUGACGAUUAUACAAGAUUUACGGUUCAAAAAGCGGUAGUUGCCGAUUCCGGUACUUACUUUGUUGUUGCACGUAACAACUUUGGCACAGACAGAAUAUUUGUAACCAUCACAGUAUUACCUCGCACACGCUCUGAAACACCAACGGUACCACGUUGGGGUCUACCCCUAGAGAGUUUUCCAGAUGUUUCAUAUUUCAGAGAUCCCCCUGGUCCCAUUUCAACGGAACCACUGGUUGUGGACUCUGGACCAACACACAUCAGUUUAUCAUGGGGUAAACCAAUUAGCAAUAAUUCUGCUCCAGUAAUUGCAUACAGAGUAGAUGCCUGGAUUGUAGGCCAUGAAGGUGGUGCUAUGUGGCGAGAAUUAGGUCUAACGCCAAUAACAUCCUUUGAUGCUUUCAAUUUAAAACCAAAUAUUGAAUACCAUUUCCGUGUUACACCUAAGAAUCGCUAUGGAUGGGGACCGUCGAUGCAAACUACCUCACCCUUACAAGUUGGUGGUGCUGAAUGUUUGCCUGAGUUUGUUAAAAUUUUACCAGGGCAAAUGAAGGCUUUGCUCGGUUCACAGUUUGUACUAGAGUGCACCGUACGUGGUGCACCACGUCCACAAAUCACGUGGUACAAGGACGGUAUGCAGUUAAGCACAAAAUCAGAUCGCGUCAGAAUCAAGCAAUUAGGCUCAACUUGCUCGCUUAUGUUAAUGCAAGUAUGUGAAAUGGAUACUGGCCGAUACACUUGUGAGGCAACUAAUUCCAAAGGUCGUGUCUCAACAUUUGCACGAUUGCAGGUUGUUUCCGAUCCAAAAGUUUACGAAGCUGAUCAUAAAUUAAAAGAAAUUGUACGUAACGAUACCUCAUCGAAUAUGAUUGGAGAUACUCUGCCUAUUUUCACAAUGCGUUUGCGUGAUCGCCGUAUACAGGUGACAUAUCCAGUUCGGCUCACUUGCCAAGUAGUUGGUUUUCCGACGCCAGAUAUUACGUGGUAUAAGGACAAUGAGCCAUUGACAUCAAAUCGUCGUUGUGUUAUUACUGAUGAAGGUCAAUUUCAUACUUUAGAACUAGUAAGCACAUCGCUUGAUGAUAGUGGUUCUUAUACAUGUACGGCUAAAAAUGAACUCGGCUCUGUAUCUUGCCACUGCUCACUAGUUGUUGACAAGGGAAUACGUGCUUAUAUAUCCCCAGAAUUUUAUAUGCCACUUGAUCCUUUAUACAUAUAUCAAGAAGGGCAGGAAAUUCGUCUAACUGCUAAGGUUGAAGCAUAUCCCUCAGUAGGUGUAUCCUGGCAUCGUAAUGGUGUGAAAUUACGUCCAAGUCGUAGAAUCCUCGCUUCCCUUGACUGUAAUGGUUUUGUAGAAUUGGUAAUUGCUGAGGCUACAUUACGUGAUGCUGGCAUUUAUGUUUGUGUAGCCUCUAACGCUGUCGGUAAAAUUGAGACCAGUUGCCGAGUUGUUAUCGAAGAAGCGGAUGAAGAUCAACAGCAGUCCAAACGAUCAAUACCAGCAAUCAGAAAAACAGAUAUGCCUUACUCAAAGGAACCGCUCUUUGUGGUAAAGCCUAGAUCUAGCGAAGCUUACGAAGGUGAUACUGUCAUAAUAUUUUGUGAAGUGGUUGGUGAUCCAAAACCAGAUGUCGUUUGGUUACGUGAUUUCUUAAAUCCCGAGUACUACAAGGACGCUCCACAUUUCCGACGCGUAGGAGACGGUCCUGAAUACAGACUAGAAAUACCAAGCGCUAAAUUAGAUUUUACAGGCACUUAUUCAGUUAUUGCCACCAAUUGUCAUGGAGAAGUAAAAGCUGUAAUUUCAUUGCAAAUCUAUGCUAAAGAUAUCCUAAGGCAAAAAAUGGAGAAAGGAUCCAUAAGACAUGGAAAUGUUGAAACCCUUCCACACUUCAUAAGGCAUUUACGUAACUUACGCUGUUGUGAUGGUGACUCUAUAACUUUAGAAUGUCAUGUGGAGGGAUUACCAGAACCAUAUAUUAUUUGGGAAAAAGAUGGUCGAGUAUUGCCCAGUGAUAAAGAGUUUUCGAUGUCCUAUGAUGGUAUAAAAGCAACUCUAAGCAUACCUCGCGUUUACCCUGAAGACGAAGGAGAAUUCACAUGUGUUGCGAAAAAUAACUUAGGUCGUACGCUUUCCUCAGCUUGUAUUAUAGUCGAUGUACCAGAGGAAAAAGAAAAUAUGUUAAACAGACAAUUAUCCCGGCCAACUGGUUUGCUUUCAGCAAGCUCUACGCCAAUUUCAACUCCACGUUCCACACCAAAUAGAAGCUUUUCACCUAUGAGGCUUUCAUAUCGCAACUCAAGCAUUGAUAUUGGUAGCAGUGAACAAAGACGCUAUACUGCACAACAGCAGACAAUUUCAGCUCCUAAAUUUUUAGCUAUACCACAUAGUCGAGUUGUAGAAGAAGGUGAUAGUGUACGAUUUCAAUGUGCCAUUGCCGGUCAUCCAACUCCAUGGUCUACAUGGGACAAGGAUGGUAUGAUCGUAAUACCAACCACACGUAUAUCUGUGAAAGAAAUAGAUGAUCUACGUUUCUUAGAAAUCGAUGAGGUGACAUUUGAUGAUGCUGGCUUAUAUCGUAUAACUUUAGAAAAUGAUUAUGGUCGAAUAGAAGCUACGGCACGAUUGGAUGUUAUUUGCAGUAGGCGCUAUUCAAAAUCACCUUCUUCACGUAGUGUAAGAGCUUCGUCUUCACGACGAAAUGCUUAUAUACGCCGUCGAAUAAUGGGACCAUCCACUGCAAUUGGUGGGCGCAUGGCACUCGCUGCAGGUUUUAGAGGUUCUUCAGUUCCAGCAUGUAAAUUUUAUCAUAAUGAUUCUGAGCUUUUGGAGUCUAAUAGAGUUCAUAUCGAGGUUUUCUCAAAUGAAGCAGUUCUUUUUAUUGACAAUUGCACAUAUGAUGAUAGUGGUACAUAUACAUGUAUUAUUGAAGGCGACCAUGAACCAAUAACAACUACAGUUAAUGUCAUUAUUCAUGACCAAAAAUUAAUAAAAUCGUUUUUACCUAAAGAAUCGCGUAUUACAAAACAUUUGCCGGAAGAAACGCAAUCAGUUGAAAGAGAAACUAUUGAUCUUAGUUUUGAGUUUGAUUGCAGUCUACCAUAUAGUUAUGUUUGGACUCGUAAUGGAGAUGUCAUAAAUGAUAGUGAUGAUUUCAAUUAUAUUGAUCAUGGCAAUGGUAUACUAUGUUUACGUAUUCAUGAUGCAUUCGAUCUGGACUCUGGAAUUUAUGCUUGCAAAAUAACAACAAUUGAUGGUUAUAGUUGCUGCACUUCUGGUCAAUUAACAGUAUUUGAAAGCGUUGCUGAUGACACUCCAAUAUUACUUAAAACCCCACUCCCUGCAAUAGCAUACCUGGGCUCUAAGGCUUCGUUCUGUGCUAAAAUACAUUCGAGCGGUAAACAAAGACUACCUGUUGAAGCAAACUGGUACGUUUGUGGACGUAAAGUUACUGUGGCUGACUCACCUGAACUUACGUUUGAGUCUUCCGCCGCAAACGGUUUACAUGUGCUUCAUAUAAAUAACGCCAAACAUACCCAAAGUGGCGAGGUACAAUUCAGCGUCUCAUAUCCUGGCAAACCAACACACAUACGCACCUAUACGAGUCUUGUAGUGCUACCAACUGCAGCUGCCACAAAUGACUCUUCAACGGUGGAACAUAUAGAAUCAACAAUUUUGCCAAACGUUGAAUUGGAACCAACAGAUUUUCCACCUUAUAUAUUGUUGGGGCCAGAAGAUUGUACGGCACUUAUAGGUGGCAGCGUUAAACUCAGCAUAUCAUUUGAGUCGAGACCAAAGGCACAAAUAAAAUGGUUCAAAGCGUGCCGUCCAAUAACGGAGAAUGAGCAUAUAACGAUCAUAACGACCGAGAACAGUUCAACAAUUUAUUUAACAGAUAUAGUAGCCGAUGAUAGUGGUAAAUAUACAGUCGAAGUUAUGAAUGAGCUAGGCACAGACAUGGCUGCAGCAUCUGUAGCGGUGUACUCAAAACCUGACCCGCCAAGUGGUAAGCCUAGUAUUUCGUCUGGACCCGAUCGUAUUGCAGUUGCUUGGUGUGGUCCACCAUAUGAUGGUGGUUGCAUGAUAACAGGAUUUAUCAUUGAGAUGCAACAACUGUCGGCUGGACUUGAAAGCAAUUCAGCGCCAGAAUCUGAUUGGCAAGAAGUAGCAACAGUUGUCGACUCUCUAGCGUACACUGUUAAAAACCUGAAACCGCAAACAGCUUAUAGGUUUCGAGUGCGCGCAGAGAAUGUGUAUGGCCGCAGUGAACCGAGUUUACCAAGUGAUCGUGUUGAAUUAGCGGCAGAAGACUUGUCAGUGGAAGAAAUAGAUUUCAAUCGGCCUAUCUGCGUUAAGUCUGGAGGUGAUUUUAAAAAUCGUUUUGAAAUACUCGAAGAAUUGGGAAAAGGGCGCUUUGGUAUAGUUUAUAAAGUACAAGAGAAAGAGGAACCACACCAGGUGCUUGCCGCUAAAAUUAUUAAAUGCAUUAAAUCCCGAGAUCGUGAGAAAGUGAAAGAAGAAAUUUCCAUAAUGAAUUCUCUCAAACAUCCAAAGCUCUUGCAAUUGGCUGCAUCGUUUGAAAGCGCAAGAGAAUUAGUUAUGGUGAUGGAAUACAUAACUGGUGGUGAGCUUUUCGAACGCGUUGUAGCAGACGAUUUCACAUUGACUGAAUUAGAUUGUAUAUUAUUUUUGCGACAAAUUUGUGAGGGUGUGGAUUAUAUGCACAGCCAAUCCAUUGUACAUUUGGACUUGAAACCAGAAAAUAUUAUGUGCCAUACGCGUACAAGUCAUCAAAUAAAAAUAAUUGAUUUCGGCUUAGCCCAACGUUUAAAUGACACUUUACCGGUGCGUGUAUUAUUUGGCACCCCAGAAUUCAUACCACCAGAAAUUAUAAGUUAUGAACCAAUCGGCUUUCAAUCGGAUAUGUGGAGUGUUGGCGUUAUUUGCUAUGUACUUUUAUCAGGGCUCUCACCUUUUAUGGGUGAUUCUGAUGUCGAAACAUUUGCCAACAUUACACGCGCUGAUUAUGAUUUCGAUGACGAAGCGUUUGAUUGUAUAUCACAAGAAGCUAAAGAUUUUAUAGGUAGUUUACUAAUACAUCGUAAAGAGCGACGACUUACUGCUAAGGAGUGUCUGAAAUCAAAAUGGUUAACUCAAGGACAUGAUGAAAAUCUGAGUAACAAUAAAAUUUGUACUGACAAACUAAAGAAAUUUAUUAUAAGACGCAAGUGGCAAAAAACUGGCAACGCAAUUAGAGCUUUAGGCCGCAUGGCUACAUUAUCUGCUUCACGCCGUAAUUCCGCUGUUUCCAAUUCCUUACCCACCAGUCCCAGACCCUCAGUGUCGGGUACAUCUAUUUUCAAUCCAAAUUUACCUGCACAAAUGAGUUCGUUGCAUGAGGAGGAUGACGAUUUCAGUAUAGAGUUACCAACUCUGGAUGCCCAACGCAGAAUGCAGCAAUCAUUAAAAGUGCGUGACAAAUCUUAUUGCAGUGAACGCAGUGAUUCCGGCUAUAGCGAAUGCUCCACAUGCAGUGGUGGUCCAUGUCACUGUAUACACGCGACCAAAGACUCUGAACGCGAUGGUUCAGAAACAGUAAGAGACGAAAGCACAGUAUUGUCAAUUGCUGUACCGCAUGAUGUACUUAAAUCGAAGCUAGAACUUAUUGUCAAGCAUUCUGAUGCCAUAAUCAGCAGCGAAGGAAUAAAAGAAAAGAUGCUUAUUACAGGAAAACAAUAUAAACAUGAUAUCGGGAUCAAUGAAAAUCGUGAACAGCAAGUAGAAAUACAGUUCGCUUCCUCAGGGGAAUUAACGACUGGUACGACAGUAACUACAACAACGAAGGAACCGAUAAUGCGUUCCGAUUUUACAAACACAAUAAAAAUGCGCAAAAAGUCUCUUGAAAAUAGUGUAAUACGAGAAAAAGUCAAACAACCGAAAGCCGUACUAGAAACUUCUGGAAAGGUUUCUAUGUUAAAAACCAAAUUUAGCUGUCCUGCAAAUAAUAGUUUAACAGUGAGUCACGCCGCUAGCAUUAACAGAAGUUACAAGAGCAAAGAUUGUAUGGAUUUAGCAAAGAAUAAAAAUGUUUUGAAUCGUUUUGCCUGCAAUAAUAAAACAAAUGGCACACCACAACUUAUUCAAAAAUCCGAGCCAGCACAGUCUAUUUCCAUGCCAAACUCACCAUUACCAACGCGCGCAAAUGCGUCAAUCCGGUUAAGUCCCCGGGUUAGAGAGGCUACAGAACGUCUUUCACAACAGCAAACUAUUUCUAGUUCGAUACGUAGAAACUCUCCAGAAAGAUUAGAAAAUAGAAAUGACAUAACGUCCGCGCAGCACAGCACUAGGCACAUACUUACCUUCAAAAAAUCAUAAAUUAUGUUUUUUAAAUGUUAAAAAUUUUGUUAAGAUUUUUUAUUUUAAGCGUCUCUGUUUGUUCUUGUUUUUAUAUUUAAUUUGUAUUUAAUAAGCAUUUUACUCAUUCAAUAACCCACAAUAAAACGAAAACUCGAAUGAAUAUUACACAUAUAUAUAUACAUAUUAAGCAUUAUUACAUAAAUUUAAUGUUUAUUUAUAUAUUUAUAUACACGUAAA